AUGGGCAGCGUGUCCAUCCGGGAGCACAUCCGGUGGCUGCCGGACCCACCCUCGGAGCCCACCUCCACUCUCGUUCUCACCUCGCCAGAGAACCGCUUUGUCGACAUCCGCGUCCUCCACAGCAGCCAGGACGGAGGGAACCCUCGGGGUAAAAAUGCGAACCCUGCACAAACAACACGUGUGUUUGGACUAACCGGGACCUCUCCAGACCUCAGCGCGACGCACGGCCUGGACUGGGCCAUCGCCGGCGCCUCGAGCUCCGUGCCCCUGCAAGGGUCUAGCGUCGCCGGCGCGAGGCACACCACCUGGUGGCACUGGGUGGACUCGCGCACCACGAGCCCCGAGACGGCCCACGACGAGGGCGACGUGUUCCCGCGGCCGGACGGCCGGGCCCUGGAGACGGGCCGCAUGGUCAACCCGGCCACGGGGCUCGAGACCGCCUACGAGGAGGUCUGGCGCGACGAGCAGCCGGGCCCCGUGGGCGGCGACGCGGCGGCCCGGGUCGUCGUCCUGCAGGCCGAGGACGGCGCCCGGGGCCUGCGCGGCAUGGUGGUCCGGCUCGGGCGGCUGUGCCAGGGCCUGCUGCGCGACGGGCCGGACGUGACGGUCGAGCGGUGGGCGUGGAGCCCCGAGAUGGGCUGGGAGAUGUCUGUCAAGAUCGGCAAGGGCGCCCUGCCGUGCAGCGACGCGAUCCAGAACGCCGAGGGCCUGGCCCUGGGCUACGAGAUCCGGAGGAACGACCAGGUCUGGAAGGUUGUCGAGAGGAGCGACCACUGA